AUGGAUCGCUUCUACGAGGUCACCCCCACGGUGGCGCUGGGGCCAGGCCACCCGGAGGGACACCCCACCGGGGCGCUGCAGACGGGCUUUGCGCCUCAGCAACAUCAACAAACGCAGCUACAGCAUCAGCCUGGCCUGGGGCUCGCCCAGGUUCCAGGGACGGCGCUCACGCAGCGCGGCCUGUCGGUGGCGCCUGGAGCGAGCGACCUCUCACGCUUGAAAGUCUGCGGCAUCCCCGCCGGCGACUUCACAGAUGCUCGGCUCCGGCAGCUGUUUGAGCUCUGCGGCAAG